AUGUCAUUGCCUGCUUCCUUUGACUUGACUGCUGAAGACGCCAAGUUGUUGUUGGCUGCUAACGUCCACUUGGGUUCCAAGAACGUGAUUGUGCACAACAAACCAUACGUUUAUAAGACCAGACCCGAUGGUGUCAACGUGAUCAACAUUGGUAAAACAUGGGAAAAGAUCGUAUUGGCUGCUAGAACCAUUGCUGCCAUCCCAAACGCUGCUGACGUUGCCGUGUGUUCGUCGAGAACCUUUGGUCAAAGAGCUGUGUUGAAAUUUGCCGCUCACACCGGUGCCACCCCAAUUGCUGGUAGAUUCACUCCAGGUAACUUCACCAAUUACAUUACUCGUUCUUUCAAGGAACCAAGAUUGGUCAUUGUUACCGACCCAAGAACCGAUGCCCAGGCCAUCAAGGAGUCGUCGUACGUUAACAUUCCCGUCAUUGCUUUGACCGACAUGGACUCUCCUACCGAUUACGUUGACAUUGCCAUCCCAUGUAACAACAAGGGUAAGCACUCGAUCGGUUUGAUCUGGUGGUUGUUGGCCAGAGAGGUGUUGAGAUUGAGAGGAAUCAUUCCUGACAGAUCCACCGAAUGGUCUGUGAUGCCCGAUUUGUACUUCUACAGAGACCCAGAAGAGAUUGAGCAAAAUGCUGCUGAAGAUUCCAAGGCUGAGGAUGCUGAAGAGGCUCCUGUUGCCGACGCCGAGCCCGACUGGUCCGGAGAGACCGAAGACGUCGACUGGGCCGAGUCCGGUGCCACCCCUGCUGCUGAGGAGGCUGCUGCUUCCAACUGGUAA